UUGACAGUUUGAUUAGGUCUUCUGAAGCCUGAGGCAGUGGCUUAAAGGAAAGGGCCUAAUGCAUUAAUGCCUUGUUUACGCCUCCACAUGUGCUUGCUGCACCCUAAAUCCACUUUGAAUCAAAUAGCCAACAAGCCAGGUGAGAGCUAUAGUGUGAUAAAUACUUUUUGUCAGGAAAUAUAUAAGAAAAUGUUUGAUCAUGCUCACUAAAGUAACACAAAAAGACAGAGAUAGAGUGAGCAAUACAGUUUAGUUUUUCUGAGCAGAUUGUCGUUGAUAAUGUCCAUGGUUGAAUUUGGAUCAAUUAGGGUCUGGCAGAUGUGAAGAAUCAUGGUUUACCCCAGGGCUUAAAGGAUACAAUCCAAUUUCCCUCAACAAAUGUAAUACUAUUAGCGUGGAUAAAAACAGACAAGUCACAAGGGAGGAGUCUCUUAAAAACCAAGGACGGGGACAUGGGAAAGAGAGAGACAGAACAGUGGCUCAGAGGGAAGAGACAGUUCCCGCAAAGGACUUGGAAUCAGAGAAACCUAAAGACUGGAAAGUUUAGGAAAACUCAACAUUAAGUUUGAGUGACUGAGAUGAAAGAAAACAUGGGAAGAAGAGGGUAAACAACCUCACCUGACUACUGCGACGGACACAGUCUAGUUAGUCCAGAACGAAGGGCAGGGCUUACAGGGACAGAAAGAGGUGUAGAGGUGGAGCUCUCACAGAAAUCCACCAUUGAGAGAACUUUCUUGAUUGAACUCCACUUCGGGAAGAUUGAGGAAGACAAAACAAGAGGUGAAAAAAGACGACUACUUGCUGCCACAAUAGAACCUUUCGGCUAUGAGGAUCUGCAAAAAGAACAUUCGGCUUCAAGACUUCACCAUCAUGUACUUCACCGCCAUCGCUGCUCUCAUGGUCAUCUUGGUGGCUUCAUACCAGGGCCCCACCAAUGCUGUUGAAGUGUCAGACCUUAAAAUAAACCCCUCCGGCCCUCUACCACCGCUCCCCAUGCCCUUCCGUAUGAGCCUUGACCCCCGCGGGGAUGUCCUGCUCUCCUGGAACAUCAGCUACGCCAACCAGGAGGUUUACAUUCAGCUGACGGUUGCAGACAUCAAACACGGCGUGGUCUUUGGGAUGUCGGACCGCGGGGAGCUGACCAACGCUGACCUGGUGGUGUUGUGGGACUCUGGAACUAACAGCUACUUUGGGGAUGCGUGGAGUGACAGUGAGGGCCACGUUUCAUUGGAUAGCCAACAAGACUACGAGUUGUUGGAUGCCAAACACAAACCUGACGGAUUCCACCUGCUCUUCAAAAGACCGUUCAGCACCUGUGAUCCCAGAGACUACCUCAUAGAGGAGGGAACCGUGCACGUCAUCUAUGGAUUUUUGGAAGAACCACUUGCCUCUCUGGAGCAGCUGAACCUGUCCCGGAUCCACACGGGGAUGCAGACUGUGCUGAUGCUGCGCCCCGACACGCUGCCACCCAUCCUGCCUCCAGAUGUACGGACGCUGGAUGUCUUGUCGCCAAACGUCAUCAUCCCACAUCAGGAGACCACCUACUGGUGCUACAUACAGAAGCUGCCUGAAAAUAUGCCCAAAAAUCACAUUGUUAUGUAUGAGUCAGUGAUAACUCCAGGUAACGAGGCCAUCGUGCACCACAUGGAAGUGUUCGAAUGUUCUGCAGAUAAAGGCGACGUUCCAGAGUACAGCGGCUCCUGCGAUGACAAGAUGAAGCCGAACAAGCUCGAUUUCUGCCGCCAUGUGCUCGCUGCAUGGGCUAUGGGUGCUGAGGCUUUUUACUAUCCUCCUGAUGCAGGGAUGCCUCUGGGUGGACCAAGUUCCUCAAGGUUCCUUCGUCUGGAGGUCCAUUACCACAACCCUCUCAUUAUAUCUGGCCGUCGUGACUCUUCAGGGAUACGCUUGCAUUACACCCCGAGUCUGAGGCGGUACGAUGCAGGGAUCAUGGAGCUGGGUCUUGUUUAUACUCCCAUCAUGGCUGUCCCACCUAAACAAAACAACUUCUACCUCAGUGGAUAUUGCACCUCCGAGUGUACCCAGACUGCUUUGCCUUCAGGAGGAAUCUAUAUAUUUGCAUCCCAGCUGCACACCCACCUGGCAGGGCGGGGGGUAAGGACUGUUUUGGUGAGGGCAGGCAAAGAGCUGGAGGUGGUCCAGGAGGACAAGCACUUCAGUACACACUACCAGACAAUCCGAGUUCUGAGGAAAAUGACAAAUGUUUUACCUGGUGAUGUCCUCAUAACUAAGUGUACUUAUAACACAGAAGAUAGGAGCAAGCCUACAUUGGGAGGUUUUGGCAUCAUGGAUGAAAUGUGUGUUAACUACGUUCACUACUACCCUCGAACUAAGCUGGAGCUCUGCAAAAGCCACGUUGACUCAGGAUACCUGCAGAAAUACUUUAACUUCAUUAACAGGUUCCACGGAGAUGACCAUUGCGUGUGUGAUGUGGACGUGACGGAGCAGUAUUCUAAACUACAGUGGGACGCAUUCAGUGGAGAAGUGCUGGACUCCCUUUAUAACACAGCCCCCAUCUCCAUGCACUGCAACCAGUCGAGUGCACGCCUCUUUCCUGGGGAGUGGGACAAGAAGCCUGUACCAGUGGUCACCUCCAUCCUGGAUAAGCCUCGCUACCCCUGUGAGGGAGGGGCGCCCCCCACCAGCAAACCCCCCACACCCCAAGUCUGAGCGAGGGGGUCACCACGGCCUGCUUCAGCCCACAAGAGGGCUGCUAACCUGGAGAAAGUUAAAGAAGCUCCUUUGAGCAGAAUUGAUCGUUUUGGAUGAAUUAUGUUCUCUACUCGCUGUUAUUGUAUAAUAUCUAUAAUAUAUGUUAUGAGUAUUCCCAAUGAUGAUUCCUAUGUAAUGUUUUAGCACUUGACAUGGAAAUGGAAAUGGUCAUGUAACACAAAAAUGUGACUCAUUAAUUAGUGCUUGGGACAAAAGUGUAACAUUAUUCAAAAGUAAAUAACUUGUUCUUUUAACCACUUCUUCAGUUCAGCAUUGUAUUUCUCCCACUCUUUUGUGUCCUGUGUGUAUUUGCUUUGUUUUUGUGUGUUGAAUAAUAAAUGUCACAAAAAUGUUGGCAGAUAAAAAGGGAUUUAUUAAUACACAAAUUGCUUUGGACAGAUUAAAUAAGUGGUUUAACAAUCA